CCAGAUGGCCAAUAAGGGGACUGUGGCUUUGGAGUACUCCUGGAAGGUGGGCAUGGAGGACAGCAGAAGGGCAGUCAACUUCCCUGAAGAACUGUUGCCGUGCAGUCCUGAAGGGGAACUCCCAUUUGCCACGUCUGCUGUCUCCACCAAAAUGCCAUGCAGCCGCCCUGCUAGCCAGCACGGCAGUGUUCUGGAGAGUGUCUCGUCCUUCAUGUUCGCCGUGGCUGCUCUGCCUCCAUUCUCCGUGGAACCCAGCAGUGGCAUUAUUCCAGCCGGGAAGAAGCAGCAAUUCCUGUUGAAAUUCUCCCCACUGGAGGUGGGAGAGUUUGAGGGCCACAUAUUCUGCAGCAUCCCCAACCUGAAGCCCAAUCACCAAGGCCCCGUAGUAGCUGUGACGGGGAGAAGCCUCCUUCCAUACUGCCACUUUGAGCUGGAGGACUCUGACUACCUUGCCACAAGCAGGCACAACCCAGAGUUGCAAGGGUCCCAGGGUGCUGCGCUGGAUUCCACCGCCAGGGUGAUUGAGUUUACGUCCCUCGGAGUGCACACUCGGAGCAGCAGGACCUUCAUGCUUGUGAACCCCACCAAUUCCACCUACUCCUUCCAGUGGGUUUGCGAACAGCCAGAAGACCUACAAGAACAGCCGGUCUUCAGCUGUCUGACAGAAAUGGGCCAGAUCCGGCCUGAGAAGAAGGCAGAGGUCACGUUUGCAUUCGUCCCUCAGCACCUGGGCAUCACAGAAUCAUUUUGGACCUUCACAAUUCCCGAACACAACAUCUCAGUCCCCUUCCUGUUGGUCGGCAACACCACUGACCCCUCAGUUUCUCUGGACAGAUCCCACCUGAACUAUUUCUCUCUGUUAGUCGGACAUGAGGCCCGCCAGACGGUUCACAUGAUUAACAACGAGAACGAGGCCUUCAGCUUUGCUUUCAGAGAUGGCUCACGCUAUUCAGAAGGCUACAUUAACUGCCUAACAGUGCAGCCCAUGGAGGGCUGCAUCCCACCUCUUUCCAGGCUCCCUGUUACCAUCCUCUUCACACCAACCAUGGAGGGGGAAGUGAACUUUAACCUCAUCUGCGAUGUCAAGAGAAAGACCCAGCCCCUGUCGUUAAAUGUCAAAGCCGUUGGCUACAGCAUGAAUGUGUGCGUCAGAUGUGAAGAGCACGACGGCUCGUUCACCGAGCUGGGCCUGCAGGAGAGCAGCCACAUUGACUUUAAGGAGGUGGAAAUCAACGAAUCUGCUCACCGCAACUUCUGUGUGCUGAACACUGGCAAGUUCAAUUUCAGCUUCUCGUGGGAGUUUUCCGGCCCCAGAGCCCUGCGGCGCUACGUCUCCAUCAUGCCUGAGGAUGGCACUGUGGAGGCAGGCGGGCGAGCACACGCCCAGCUGGCCUUCCACCCACUGAAGAUGUGCAUCUUAAAGGACGUGGAGCUUAAGCUAAAGAUCAGCAAUGGACCGACGUUUUGCUGUGUGCUUCUGGGUUCAGUGGUGGUUCCCACCAUCCACUUCUCCUGCACCAGGAUCAACUUCGGAACCUGCUUCAUCUACUGUGCCGGGAUGCCCCCUGCCAGACACACCCUCACCAUCACAAACAAGGAGGCCAAGGAUGUUAGCUUAGACUGCUUGUACACCAGCACUGCGCACUUCGAGGUGGGCUUCCAGGCGGACGUGCUGAGUCCUGGGGGGAAGAUGGAGGUGCCAAUCACGUUCUAUCCCCGAGAGGCCAUUCCCUACCACGACGUCAUCCCCUUUGAAAUCAACGGGCUCUCCCAGCAGACCAUCGAGGUCCUGGGAAAGGGCACGGAGAUGAAGAUCGACAUCUUGGAUCUGCCCAGCAAAGUGUUGAAACUGGGCGCGCUCUCUGUUGGGCAAACGAUGAAGAAGACUGUCAGAAUAGUGAACCAUAGUGCGGCUCUUCUCACGUUUAGCCUAACGUUCAUGUUCACUGUUCCGGAGCUGCUGGAAUCUAAGGUUCUCAGCUUGUCUCCGUCCAGUGACAUCACCCUGAAGCCCAAGGGGGGCACCUGCAGUGUGGAGGUGACUUUCUCCCCGCAGUGCCGCAUCCCGCAGUUUGCGGAGGAGGUGAUGCUCGAGUGCAUGGGGCUGCUGCGGUCCUUCUUUGUGGUGCAGGGCUGCUGCCAGGGCAUUGAAGUGAGCUUGGACCAGGAUCACAUCCCCUUUGGAGCUGUGGUGCAGCGGAGCCAGGCUUCCCGGCGCAUCCUCAUGCAGAACACGGGCGACACCGGCGUCAGAUUUAAAUGGGACAGCAAGAGUUUUGAGCCAGAUUUCUCCAUCAGCCCGGUGGAGGGCUACAUCUGCCCCGGAAUGGAAGUCCCCUUCGACGUGACCUUCCAUCCCUGUGAGCUGAACCCAGACAUCCACUAUGAGAGCCUGCAGUGCUCCAUCCAGGGCAGCGAGGCGCUCACGCUCACCCUGCUGGGAUGCUGCGUGGCGGUGCCCAUGACCAAGGAGGUGAUGAAUUUCACGUGUCAGGUGCGUGGCAAGCACACCCAGACUAUCAUGCUCUCCAACCGGAGCAACCAGGCAUGGAACCUGCAGCCCAUCAUUGAGGGGGAACACUGGAAAGGGCCCGAAUUCCUCCUGGUGGAGGCCCACCAACAAAACAAGCCGUACGAGAUCACGUACAGACCUCUCAGCAUGAACGCGGAGAACAAGAAGCACCAGGGCUCCAUCUUCUUCCCGCUGCCUGAUGGGACAGGUUUGCUGUACCUCCUGCAGGGGACUGCAGAGCCCCCUAAGUCUUCAGGGACCAUUGUCCGCGAGGUGCCAUGCAAGACGACUUACACUGAAUUGCUCCCAGUCUCAAACUGGCUGAACAAGCCACAAAGGUUCCAUGUGAUAGUGGAUGUGAUCAAACCAGAAAAGCUGGACGUCACAACCACGCUGAAGGGCCUGGACUACAUGGAAGUGCCUGCCUCCGCCAGGAAGGACUACAAGCUCACCUUCUUCUCCUACAAAGAAGGGCUCUUCAGUGCCAAGGUCACCUUUCGCAACGAGGGGACGCAGGAGUACUUGUUCUACCUGGUCACAUUCAAGGCCAUCCCUUCCGGUCCGGUCAGCACCAUCGACCUGGUGACCCCUGUUCGGCAGAGCACCUGCUCCUCCAUCAAGGUCGAAAACCCUCUGCCUUCCCUGGUGGCAUUUACUACGGACUGCAGAGUGCCCGACAUCAGCCUCCCGCCGCAGUUUGUUGUGCCCGCCGCCUCCCCCAGCCAGACUCCUCCCUCUGCCAGGACUGUCAGCAGCCCAGUGCGCCUGGCCCAGUUUCUUCUCUCGUUCUGUCCCGCUGGGGGCUGCUUGCGUGUCAUUACAUCUCAGGAACUGAUAAAUGGCAAGUGA